CUUUCACAGGUACAGAGGGAAUGUGUUCAGCAGAGGGAAAGUGAGGGGGAAUACUGUUAGGAAUCGGGAAAAGCGGACUGUUUAAGGGAAGGUAGGUGAAUAAAAGAGAGAUUGUGAGCUGCUCGUCGGGUUUAUGUGGAGAAAACAGCUGGAAGCGCGUUAUAUAAAGACACAGAUUGAUUCUGUGCUGUUAAUAAAUCCGUCAUUACAUCAGCUGAGGGUCAAACUCUCGUCUGCAGCAGAAGAGUGAGAAAGAGCGCGUGCAAUCACUCACACUUCCGUGUUUCUGCAGCUGAUGAAUCAAAGCUCAUCCGGGACUCUCGGCUGCUCGUGCGGCUUCCUCUGAACAUGCUGCUGCAACACAGUCUGAGGUGGUUCUCCGCUGUGCUGGUUCUGCUCUGGGCCGGUUCUCCUGUGAGCAGAGCUGGAUCAGAGCAGGACUCCAGACCGAACUUCGUCCUGAUGAUGCUGGAUGAUCUGGGCAUCGGAGACAUCGGCUGCUACGGAAACCACACCAUCAGGACCCCAAACAUCGAUCGUCUGGCGGCGGAGGGAGUGAAGCUGACCCAGCAUCUGUCUGCGGCUCCGCUCUGUACUCCCAGCAGAAGCGCCUUCAUGACGGGACGCUACGCCCUGCGCUCCGGUCUGGGCAGCACAGGACGAGUUCAGGUGAUUCUGUUUCUCGCUGGAUCUGGAGGUCUUCCACCCAAUGAAACCACCUUCGCCAAACUCCUGCAGAAGCAGGGUUACACCACUGGCAUUGUGGGAAAGUGGCAUCUGGGAGUGAACUGUGAGAGCAGGAACGAUCUCUGCCAUCAUCCCAACAAUCACGGCUUCGACUUCUUCUACGGUCUUCCCUUCACCCUCUUCAGCGACUGCAAGCCCGGAGCAGGUAAAGGUGUGCUGGUGGACGUGCAGGAGACGCUGUGGCUCAUGUUCAUGCUGCUCGCGCUGGCGUUCCUCACACUGCUCCCGGUCCGAGUCUCCGGUCUGCUGCGGAUCCCAGGGACGCUCCUGCUGUUUCUGGCCGCUCUGUCUCUGCUGAGCUUCACCGUGUGGUUCGUGCCCUUCGAGCUCCUGCGGACCUGGAACUGCAUCAUCAUGAGGAACGGAGAGGUGCUGGAGCAGCCCAUGAAGCUGGAGACACUGAACGCCAGGCUGAUGAGAGAAGCCCAGGGAUUCGUGGAGAGACACAGAGACAAGCCUUUCCUGCUCUUCCUGUCGUUGGCUCAUGUGCACACGCCCCUCUUUGUGUCCGAGGGCUUUGCCGGAAAGAGCAAACAUGGGCUGUAUGGGGACAAUGUAGAAGAAGCGGACUGGAUGAUCGGCAGAAUGAUGGACACCAUCCAAAGACUCAAUCUGUCGGAGAAAACCUUAAUGUACUUCACCUCUGACCACGGCGGCCACAUCGAAGAGGGUCCUAGAGGAGGCUGGAACGGGAUAUAUCGCGGUGGGAAGGCCAUGGGCGGCUGGGAGGGAGGGAUCCGGGUGCCGGGAAUAUUUCGCUGGCCCGGGCGUCUCAUCCCGGGACGAGAAGUGUCUGAACCAACCAGUCUGAUGGAUGUUUUUCCCACGGUGGUGAAGCUGGCAGGAGGAGCGCUGCCGGAGGACAGGACUCUGGACGGUCACGAUCUGAUGCCUCUGCUGGAGAACAGAAGCAGUCGCUCAGAGCACGAGUUCAUGUUCCACUACUGCGGCAUCUACCUGAACGCUGUACGCUGGCACCCCACUAACAGUGACUCCAUCUUCAAGGUUCACUUCUUCACGCCGAACUUCUCUCCCGCGGGAGCCGUGGGCUGCUACGACAUCAACAUCUGUCUGUGUCACGGGGAGUUUGUGACGUAUCACAGUCCUCCGCUGGUGUUCGACCUCAGCAGAGACCCGUCAGAGAGCCGUCCUCUCACACCGGACACCGAGCCGCUCUUCUCAGAGGUGCUGGAGCGGGUGGAGCGGGCCGUGACGGAGCACCGGAGGAGUCUGAGGCCGGUGGAGAAGCAGCUGAGCUGGGAGAAGGUGCUGUGGAAGCCCUGGCUGCAGCCCUGCUGUGGGACGUUCCCCUUCUGCUCCUGCCAGGAGAUCUCCAGCACACAGCACACUCACUAGUUAUUACAAAAUGUGCAAUUGUGAGGUUUUAUAUAUUGCAAAUUCUGAGUUUACAUCUCGCAGACUUUUUUCCUCAGGAUCACGAGUUUGUCACAGUUGCAAGAUGUAAACUCUUCUUCUUCUUUUUUUUCUCAGACAUGGAGUUAUAAAAUUGCAAUUGUAGUUUAUAUCUCAUAAUUCAGAUUUUGUUUUGCGAGUUAUAACCUCUCAAUUGCAAGUUUACAUCUCACAGUUCUGACCCUUUCUGCAAGUUUAUAUAUCACUUCUUUAAUUUUGUAAUCACGAGUGUAUAUCUUGCUGUUCUAACUUUGCUGGAUUAACAGUACUCGUAAUUCUAAUUUUAAUUCUAAUGCAUUUGACAUUUUUCCUCAGAACUGUAUGUCAUAAACUCUUAAUUGCAAGUUCACAUCACAAGUUUUCUCAGAAUUUAUUUAACAUUUCACAAUUCUGAAUUAGACUCCUGACUUGAGGAGGUUAUAACUUUCAAAACAAACUCUGAAUUAUGAGAUAUAAACUCAGAAUUAAGUUUGUAACCUGCAAUUGUGACGUGAACCUGCAAUACUGAGAAAAGUCUGAAUUUUGAGAUCUCAUGCACAAACAGAAAAUAAAUAAGCUUUCUCUCAGAACUGAUGUCAGAUGAAGAGCAUCAGUGAAGAAACACUCAGGAGCUCCAGGUGAACAGGGUUUAACAUGAAGAGCAUCAGUCCUGCUGUUUCACAUACUGUCAGGACUGCAUCAUUUUAUGUCUGAAUGUACUGGGAAAAAUUAUUAAAGUUUGGAAAUAUUUGCACAUUAA